AUGUUUCUCAAUAAAUUUGUGAUUGAGGAUCCACAAAAUCCACUGACCUUUCGUGAAAGGAGGCAUCGAUCCAAAGCGGAACUUGAGACUCAGAAAAAAUGCAUCCGCGAGUUAAAGGAAUUUGGGGGAGCCUGUCUGUGGUGCUACCGGAGCAAGAAGAAGUGUGGGCCUAUUCGAUCUUGCCCUUCAUGCGUCCAAAAUAAACGCGAAUGCAUUCGACACCCUGAGCAACUUUACUUUCCUGAGCCUGUGUCAUUUUCCCAGAGCUCUGAUCAGGCUGAUGGCCCGUGUCAAUCUUUCAACGAAGCUGUCGAUACACUGCAACGGAUCCGUCGCCAAGCCUUCCAAAGGGCGGACGUAUUGCAUGCUACGAUCGAUAUUCGUGUUGCAGAUGAAGUUCAUACAUGUGCCUUGGAGAUUGCUAGCGGCGACAAAGACUUGAGUGACAGCAACAAGUAUAGCAUCGAUCAAUUCAUAUCUCAUGCGAGCAACUCCGUCGGUUGCAUUUCACUCGUAAGACUCGGAAGUCAAUAUCCGGGUCACGCUCUUAUUCAUGAUGCCAUCAGGAUCGCUACCAUGUUCUUUACCGCAAGCUCUCUGGCAAAAUCCCGACUCUAUUUGCAUACAGCCGAAGCUGAUGCGGGACGGCUAGUCAUGUUCUCGAUCUUGACCGUAUGCUUCCAGAACAUAGCCAGUCUUGCUCGGGAGUUCUCAGAUCAAUUAUGCGAAGCCUUGAGACGAAAGGACACACAUGACUGUUAUUACAAUGGGAAGUAUCAACCGCAGACGGCAAACAGCCUAAGCCCUGUCUGGGUCGCAAAUGCCCUUUAUUACCGUGUCGUCUGUGCAUUAUUGGAUCUGCAGACGACAUCUCCAAUCAAACAUCUUUUUUCUUCCCUCAAUGAGAACCUUCAGGCUGUUCGUGCUACGCUGUGGUCUAUUUUGAAAGCCGUCUCCCCCCGCAAGCGGGCCCGUAGCAAAGAAUCCGCCAAGAAGGUUAUGAAGGAAGAAAUUCCUCCUUUGCCGCCAUCUAUUUGCUUCAACUUGGUCUUUCACCUGACUCCCACGAGACAGUCUGUGGAUGUCCCGAUGUCUCAUGGCGAUGAUCUGCUUUCCAACCAGUUCCUUUAUAUCAUGGAGUCGGUCCACGCAAAUGAAACCUCCAGUUUGCUCAACUUUGAGCCACAUAUGGCCCAGCCUGUUAAUUUGGAAUCAGCCGUGGCUGACAUGGCUCAACCAGGCGAAGCGGGCUCAUCGAUCGACAGCUCGAGAAUAGUGCCACUGCCAUCAAAUCCAGCGGCGAUUGGAUUCGAUUUGCUGGACGAGGCUUUCGACCCUAUGCGACCUGAGUCUUGGAGCUGGGGCUACACGACCUCUAUUGACGAUACAUAUGUCGAACAAACGCAUGGCCUCAUCGGGGCUUUGUAG